GAGGUGGGCCCCUAUACUCCCACAUGGCUGGUUCGCGCUCGUUGUAAGCAAUCCGCGGGGUGCUAUCGCAGACGGUUCCGGUUUGAUUUAGGUAAAUGCAGUGAUGUGGCCAAGCAGUCAUUUCCAAAAUGUCCAUUACCAGCCUUCCCGCCAAAACCAUAACCUUAACCGUUGCUACUGAUACCACCAACGACCGCCCGAGAAACCUCCCAAUACUCGAACAAUGCAAGACCAUCAAACACCUUCACCAAUUCCACGCCCAUGCCAUCAAAACCGGCCUAAUCCACUUCCCCAGGCUCACCGAAAACAUUCUCGAAUCUGCCGCCAUCUCUCUCCCUCGAAGCAUUGCUUACGCUGUUUCCGUCUUCAACUGCAUCGAACAACCCCACGCAGCUGCCUAUAACAUCAUGAUCAGAGGCUACACCUUGAAUCAAUCCCCUCAAGACGCGCUUUGCCUCUUCAAGCAAAUGCGGGAAGAUUCUGUCGAACCUGACAAGUACACGUUCCCUUGCAUCUUGAAGUCAUGCUCGAGGCUUCGAGCACUGGAAGAAGGCGAACAGAUACACGCCUUGAUUACAAAGCUCGGGCUUGGAUCUCAUGACUUCGUGCAGAACACCUUGAUCCACAUGUAUGCUAGUUGUGACAAGGUUGGAGUCGCACGACGGGUGUUUGAUGGAAUGCCUGAAAGGGGUAUUGUCACUUGGAAUUCCAUGUUCGCUGGAUAUAGCAAGAGCGGGGAUUGGAAAGAAGUUGUGGAAUUGUUCGGUGAAAUGAUUGAUUUGGGUGUGGUGUUUGAUGAGGUGACGCUGAUUAGUGUCUUGACAGCGUGUGGGAGAUUGGGUGUUUUGAAACUUGGCGCGUGGAUAAAUCAAUACAUAGAGGAUAAUGGGUUAAAGGGAAAUGCUAAAUUGAUUACUGCUCUCGUUGACAUGUAUGCGAAAUGUGGUCAGAUUGAUACUGCACGUCAGUUGUUUGAUGAGAUGACUGAAAGAGACGUUGUUGCAUGGAGUGCCAUGAUUUCUGGCUACAGCCAAUCAAACCGAUGUAAAGAUGCACUUGCUCUGUUCCACCAAAUGCAAAUGGCCAAAGUCGAUCCCAACGAAAUCACAAUGGUUAGUGUUCUUUCUUCCUGUGCUGUUCUGGGAGCUUCAGAGACGGGCAAAUGGGUCCAUUCCUUUAUAAAGAGGAAGCGUAUGAAGCUUACUGUUACUCUUGGUACAGCUCUUAUGGACUUUUAUGCGAAAUGCGGAUCUGUGGAGCAAUCCCUGGAAGUUUUCUGGGAAAUGCCUCAAAAGAAUGUGUUGUCCUGGACAGUACUGAUCCAAGGCUUAGCAAGUAAUGGGCGAGGGAGAGAGGCUCUUGACAUUUUCUCUUCCAUGCGAGAUUUGAAUGUCAAACCAAAUGAUGUCACUUUCAUAGGUGUCCUCUCUGCUUGUAGUCAUGGGGGUUUGGUCGAUGAGGGUCAACGUUUGUUUGACAGCAUGACUAGGGGUUAUGGCAUUGAGCCUAGAAUUGAGCACUACGGUUGCAUGGUUGAUAUUCUUGGCCGUGCUGGUUUGAUUGAUGAGGCUUAUCAGGUUAUAAAGGCCAUGCCCAUCGAACCAAACGCCAUUGUUUGGCGAACAUUGUUGGCAUCAUGUAGAGUUCAUAAAAAUGUUGAAAUUGGCGAAGAAUCAUUAAAGCAAAUUGUAAGAUUGGAGCCCAAACAUAGUGGGGACUAUAUACUUCUGUCAAAUAUUUAUGCAUCGGUGGGUAGGUGGGAGGACGCGUUAAGGGUGAGAACACAAAUGAAGGAGAAAGGAAUUAAGAAGACUCCAGGGUGUACCUUGAUCGAGGUAGACGGGGUGAUCAAUGAGUUUUUUGCGGAAGAUAGUGCGCAUCCCCAAUCAAAAGAGAUCUAUGAUACAGUUGACGAUAUGAUCAAGCGACUCAGGCUAGCUGGUUAUGUGCCCAACACGGCAGAGGCGAGAAUAGAUGCUGAAGAAGAUGAGAAGGAAUCAUCAGUGUUCCACCAUAGUGAGAAGUUGGCGAUUGCAUUUGGGCUUCUCAGGACUUCACCUGGAGCUACUAUUAGGAUAUCGAAGAACCUCAGAGUGUGUACAGAUUGCCACUCUGCUACCAAGAUGAUCUCCAAGGUUUACAAGAGAGAAAUUGUUGUCAGGGAUCGCAACCGUUUCCACCAUUUCAAAGAAGGGACUUGUUCAUGCAAUGACUACUGGUAAAUUCAAUUUCUGUGCUGAUCUGGUGUGAAAACUUUGAUUUGUAUUCUUAGCCCUCAGUUUAUAACUGAAAAUCUGAGAGAAACAUUCAUCAGUCUCAUGUUACGUUACAAUGAGAUUGUACAAUUUGAUUUUUGGAGCAUGUUUGGUUGAGGGUAGAGCCACUUGAUGAAGCCUCUGUUUCACCUGAUCAUGCAACCUGCUGACCCCAUCCUUCGUUGUUCCUGGUAGAGUGGACAGUAAGUGCGAUUUACAAACAGCUUCCUGCCUUACAAUUGCUAGGAGAUAUCCCUCGAUUGAUAUUCCUAAUACCAUAAUAUUCUUGUAGAUUUUA